AUGCUUUAAGCUAACCUGAAUUUUUAAGAACUUACAUUAGAAAAGGAUGAUGAUUAAUUAUUUUAGGAUUUAAAUUAAGUUAAUUCAUAAAAUUUGGAAGAUGAUAUUGAACAAUCAGAUGAUACAGAUGAUGACUUUUUAGAUUGUUUUAGAUGUAAUUAACUAUUAAAUAUGAAUAGAUUCUGUGAUUAUUUCACCAUUUAGAUAGUAAAUGAAACCUUAAACUUUGUAGCCACAAUUUAAUUAAGAUUACUAAAUAAAUCCUUUAUGCAUAAAAGAUGAUUCAAGAACAACUUUAAUGUUGAAGAAUAUACCUCUUGAAUAUAGUUUAAAAGAUUUGAUUAUUGAAAUAAAUGCUUUUGUAAAAGGAAAGUAUAACUAUUUAUAUAUGCCAUAUGAUUAGAUUGUAAACUUUAUUAUUCUAAUUAAGAAAAAUUGUAAUAUAGGUUAUGCUUUCAUAAACUUAAUUACAACUAAUGAUGUUGAAUAUUUCUAUAAAAAAUUUGAUUAGAAGAAAUGGUAAUUAAACCCAGAUAAAAUAUGCACUCUUCGUUAUGCAAAAAAUUAAUUAAAUAAUUAUUGA